UUCCUGAUUUUUUUUUUUGGGGCUAAAAUCCAGUGCUAUUCCUUGAGCUCUAAGAGGAAGAGAAUCUUUCUAGUUCUCAAUUUUUGGUGACAAGUAGGUAUUUUAUACAGAUAUACAAUAUACCUUCUCUUUUGAUUUCCUCUGCGUGUUUCGAGAUUAAGUUUCUUGAGGAGGAAGAUCUAGACAAAGAGGGAAUCGCAACUAAGGGAUGAACACCAAGGCUUUGACCUUUGCCACACAGAUCAUGGUGAUGGCCAUCCUCAUCUCGGUCGUGCUUCUAUUUGUGGGCAUUGGUGUGCUGGUGCUGAUCCAUCUCUGUAUCGUUGGCAGAGCAUUCCAAAGGGGCUUCAGGACCAUGGCAAGGCCUGAUAAUGACAGGAGGGGUUUGACGCCAGCUGAACUGGAGAAGCUUCCUUGCUAUGAAUUCGAGGCUGACGAGAAGAUGAGUGACACAGUGGAUUGUGCUGUGUGCUUGGACAGCUUCGAGGUGGGUGACAGGUGCAGGUUGCUUCCACCAUGCAGCCAUAGCUUCCAUGCUCAGUGUGUUGACUCUUGGUUGCUCAAGUGCUCGGUGUGUCCGAUAUGCCGCGCCAGCGCCAGGAAGGCAACUGAUGAGGGAUGGCCUGGGAAUUUCGGCGGUAGUGGUGUAAAUGGGGGGGCUGAGAUGAGGGAGCGCCAAGUGGUGGUGGUUGGGGUAGAAUUUGAUCAGCCGGUUGAUCACGCUUCCUCUUCUCGGUAAACAUUUUCAGGUCCAAAUUCUCUUGACUGUGUCACUAUGUCAAUAGAAUUUUGAAAGCAAAAAGCUGGGUUAAUAUCUCUCCCUCUCUCUUUGUUUUUCAUCCUUUCCAAUUCAUCUUUAUUUUCUUUCCUCUCUCAGCGGGACUAUAAUUGUUGUUAAAACUAGCUAACUAAGCUGGUUUAGGGAGGAUCAGAACAUGUGACAUGUUCAGAAUUGAUACUUUAAGCUUCUUCUUCAACGGGAUUUGAGCGUUUUCCUA